AUGAUAAAAUCCAACCUCCAGCGGAUCCUAAACAGUCAUUGCUUUGCUCGCGAAAAGGAAGGAAAACAACAGCCCAUCACUGCCAUGGCGGAUUUAAGUAGCGGUAUUUGUGACAUGAUUGCGAAUCUGUCAACGCACUGUAGUAGUAGUAGUACCCGCGGCCCAGGGCCUCUGUGGUGCUCCGAUGCCCCUCUCCCACCCCUGAAGAUCCCAGGUGGGCGAGGGAAUGGCACACGGGAUCACGCUCCUGCAGCUCGGUUGCUCCACUCGGACUUGAAGUUGACCGUCAGCGAGGAGCCGGCGGGCAGCGGUCGCCCCGGGAUACUUCACUUCCAAAGUCAUCCCACCAUCAGCAAGACAGUUCAAUGGGACGCUGUCGUGAGCAGCAGUGCUCUCUACGUGGAGAUCCCUCUUGACCCACUGCCUGAAGGCAGCAAGGAGAGUUUAGUGUCUCUGCUGGAAUAUGCUGAAGAACAUCUGAAAGUGCUCAGCGUGUUUGUCUGCUUCUACAAGAACAGGGAUGAUCGUGCCAAGCUGGUGCGUACGUUCAGUUUCCUGGGCUUCGAGAUCGUGAAACCCGGCCACGCCCUCGUCCCACCUCGACCCGACGUUCUCUUCAUGGCGUACAAUUUCGACAGGGACUCUUCCGACGAGGAUUAG